UUUACACACACACACACUCUCUCUCUCUCUCUCUCUCUCUCAUACACAAACACAUUCACAUUACACAAACACACUCACUCGCUCUCUCCCUCUCUCCUCAAAGAACAGAAAAAAAAAAAGCUAAACCAGGGAAAAAGAAAGAGGUUUGGUUGAGGAGAGAGAAAGAAGAAGAGGGGUGGUACUGGUACUGGUACUGGUACUGGUACUGGUGUGGGGUUCGAGGUAGGGAAGCACAGUUGAAUUGGGGGAGUUUUUGAUGUGCUAUUAACCCCCAUCUUCUUUUCAAAUCAAAUCUAACUUGACAUUUUAUCAUUUUAUUUCCAUGGUACGUUACUGAUUCACUCCGAAUCGAUCUCUUUAUUUUUCUCUCUAAUGGGGUUUAAGCUUGGUGGACUUCCGUUCUUCUUUUUCUUCUUCUUGUUGUGGAUUUGGGUUCUCUUCUCCGUUGCUUCUGCGGCUAGAUUCCAUUCACCUUCUCGCCAGAAGUUUCAAGUCCAGAAACAUUUGAAACGUCUCAAUAAGCCUUCUGUCAAAACCAUUCAGAGCCCAGAUGGUGAUUCUAUUGACUGCAUUCCUAUAAAGCAUCAACCGGCCUUUGAUCAUCCUUUCCUCAAGAACCAUACCAUUCAGACGAGGCCUAAUUACCACCCAGAAGGCUUAGGAUCAGGCUUGUUUGGUGAUAGCAAGGUGAAGGUUAAUUCUAAGGCUGAACCUCGAAGCAACCCUAUAACUCAGCUGUGGCACGCUAAUGGUAAAUGUCCAGAGGGGACUAUUCCUGUUAGAAGAACCAAGGAGGAUGAUGUGUUGAGGGCCAGCUCUAUUAAAAGAUAUGGAAGGAAGAAGCAUCGCAGCAUUGCCAAGCCCAGGUCUCCAGAUCCCGACCUUGUCAACGAAAGCGGACAUCAGCAUGCAAUUGCAUAUGUUGAAGGAGACAAGUACUAUGGAGCAAAGGCAACCAUAAACGUUUGGGAACCUAGAAUCCAGCAGCCCAACGAGUUUAGCUUGUCUCAAAUCUGGAUUUUGGGAGGCUCCUUUGGUGAAGAUCUUAAUAGUAUUGAAGCUGGUUGGCAGGUGAGCCCCGAUCUUUACGGAGAUAACAAUACCAGGCUUUUCACAUACUGGACGAGUGAUGCUUAUCAGGCUACCGGCUGCUACAACCUAUUAUGCUCAGGAUUCAUACAAAUUAACAGCGAGAUAGCAAUGGGAGCAAGCAUCUCCCCUGUCUCUGGGUUUCGUAGUUCCCAAUAUGAUAUCAGUAUCCUUGUCUGGAAGGAUCCAAAGGAAGGAAACUGGUGGAUGCAGUUUGGGAAUGACUAUGUAUUGGGAUACUGGCCAUCGUUCUUGUUCUCGUACUUGGCGGACAGUGCUUCAAUGAUAGAAUGGGGAGGGGAAGUGGUAAACUCGGAACCAGAUGGACAACAUACUUCAACUCAAAUGGGGAGCGGACGUUUCCCAGAGGAAGGAUUUGGUAAGGCAAGUUACUUCAGAAACAUACAGGUGGUUGAUGAGUCAAACAAUCUCAAGGCUCCUAAAGAUAUUGGUACCUUCACAGAGCAGUCAAGCUGUUAUGAUGUUCAAACCGGGAAUAACGGUGAUUGGGGUCAUUACUUUUAUUACGGAGGCCCUGGCAAAAAUGCUAAAUGCGCUUAAUUAGCUUCUAAGAACCAAAUAGUGCAAAGUACUCUGCGCGUAGAAUAUUACUCCACACUCCACAGUAUUAUUACUAUUAACCAAACAAACAUCCCCGGUCAUAAUCAGAGGCACCCCAAAGGGAUUGGCCUGGUUCGCCUGUAAUUUAAAGUCGGUAUGUCUAUUUCUAAACGUAUGUAUGGCACUGUAUGUCUGUAUGGGUGGUGGUGGAAUCAAGUAGAAUAUAGGUUUUGGUUUUGGUUUUGGUUUUGGUUUUGGUUUUGUUUUGUGGGAUUCGAGUUGAUUUGCACUGGACAGUGGACAGUGGACACUGGUAUUGGUUUUGAAGUUUCUCCUCCAUGUAAGUGAACUGGGGAGGAUGCAGCCUGAGUUUCUGCUUUCAAUACUAGUAGUAUUUGUAAUCACUUGGUAAGUAUUAGUACUUAGUAGUAAAUUACUCCCUAGUAGGCUAGUAGUAGUAGUACUAGUUAAUUCCCAUUUAAUUUGUCAAACAAAUCUCUGUUUAAGUGCAUUUGUCUUUGUUUAUAUAUUCUUUUCUUUACUUUUC